CACCUCCUCUGCGCACAGGCGGGCUUGUCGCUGCGAUUUGCCUCCAGACUUUUGUCAGGACGCGUGUUUCAGGCCACCUGAAAGGUGUCAGCACUGGCUUUUAGGGGCCCCGCAGCAAAGGACAAGAGAGAAUGGACGUUUCCGUGCAAACUUUAUGAAGAGGCCUUGAUUUCAUUCGUCUGUAAUCGGAGGGAAACACCUCGCCUCUGCUGAGGGCGCGUACCUGUGCGGACUUGCCCACAGCCCGUUAGGAGGGACUCCAGUGGGGGAGUUAAGGCCGAGGAGACACACCUUACCCCCCACCCCCUCCCCCACCCUCUCUGUCUGUCUGUCCCUCUCUCUCUCUGAAAGCGGAGGAAUCUGAAAACUGAAAUGUCGGCAAAUGACAGAUCAACGCGAGCACUGAGGGAGAUCCUGCAAAAUCCUGGAAAUGACGCUUGCGCAGACUGUGGCGCACCCGAUCCCAGCUGGGGCUCCUGCUCCUUGGGUGUGUUCAUCUGCCUGGCCUGUUCUGGGAUUCACCGCAAUAUCCCCGAUAUCAGCAAGGUCAAGUCCCUGAGCCUUUCACACUGGGAGGACCACGAGGUGAAGUUCAUGGCUGAGAAUGGUAAUGAGCUGAUGAAGAGUAAAUAUGAGGCUGCUGUUCCCGUCUACUACUACAAGCCAACCCACAAAGACUGCCAGACGUUGAGGGAGCAGUGGAUUAGAGCAAAGUAUGAGAGGAAGGAGUUCUCUGAGCCUGGGAAGAACUUUAUAUAUGAGGAAGGAACUAAAGAUGGCUUGUUGAUGAAGAGGGGGCGGGACAAUGGGCAGUUCCUCAGCAGGCGUUUUGUCCUCUCAGAGAGGGAGGGGACUUUGAAGUAUUUCACCAAAUAUGACGCUAAGGAGCCCAAAGCAAUAAUCAAGGUGGACACCAUCAACGCAACCUUCCAGCCCGAGAAGAUAGGAAACCCCAACGGCCUGCAGAUCACCUACCUCAAAGACUACAGCACCCGCAACAUCUUCGUCUACCAUGACAACAGCAAGGAGAUCGUCGACUGGUUUAAUACGAUUCGUGCAGUUCAGCUUCACUAUUUAAAGGUGGCCUUUCCUGGGGCUACAGAUGCUGAGCUGGUACCCAAACUUACCCGUAACUUUCUGAAGGAAGGAUACAUGGAAAAGACAGGUCCCAGGCAAACGGAAGGCUUCAAGAAACGCUGGUUCACUCUGGACCAGAGGCGACUCAUGUAUUUCAAAGAUCCGCUGGAUGCCUUUGCCAAGGGUGAAGUGUUCUUGGGAAACAAGGAGCACCAUUACAGUGUCUCGUCCGGCUUGCCUGCUGGCACCUACUGCAAUGGCGCCUGGCAACACGGUAUCACCAUAGACACACCUGAUCGCAGCUUCCUGUUUACUUGUGAGUCGGAGAGCGACCAGCAGGAUUGGCUGAAACACUUCACUGAUGUCAUGAAUGCUCCGAUGUCCCCUCAGGACUACACAAUGGAAGCCUUGUUCAAGCACAGGCAUUGAUGGACCAGCGGCCUGUAGGACCAUCUCCCCUCCUCUCUUCCCAGCCCAUCACCAAUCUGACACCGGACUCACUCAGCUCUGCCUCUGAGCGUGCCAUUGUACCAACAUGGUCAGACUGGAGCUUGUUCCAAGUCCCAAUGCUGUUCUUUUACAGUGGGGUUAGAGAUGCAAACAAGAGGAUCAAUGCAACAUCCAGUGGGAAAUUAAAAAAGUUAUCUGGCUAAAAGAAACAGUAAUUGUUGAUAACCAAUAAGAUUGUCUUUGAUUUUGUUUUGCUGUGGUGUUUUUGCACUGCACUGGUCAACCAGUCAGUGCAGUUCUAUAACAUAUUUCUUUUUCGGACUUCAUGUAACACAGUUCUAGAUGUUGAUUUUUAUUUUCAUCAUGGUAAAAUAAUGAGUUUCUAGGUUUGUUCAAUAAUUAAUGUGAGAUUUAAGAAAAUGGCAUUUAAUGUGACCGGUGCCUUGGUCCUCUUGUCCUCUUGUAUCACGUAUUUUAUGUUAAAGGUCCAGUGUGUUGGAUUUAGGGGGAUAUAUUGGCAGAAAUGGAAUAUAUUUUAAUAAGUAUAUUUUAAUUAGUGUAUAAUCACCUGAAAAUAAGAAUCACUGUUUUUGUUAUCGUGGAAUGAGCCAUUUAUAUGUGCAUAGGAGGUGGGUCCUCAUCACACUGCCAAGUAUUUACAGUAGCCUGGGGCGGACAAACCAAACACUGGCUCUAAAUAGGGCCAUUCACGUUUUUGCAUUGGCAACCAUAAUGAGCAACUCCUCAACAAUGAACAUAGGACACUUUUUUAGAUGUAAAACUGCUUUAUUCAGUGUUUUACCGGUUUAAAUCAGUGGGUCAGUUUGUUUCGGAGAGGAUAAAGCUGAAAACACACUGGUGCUGCUGUGGCACGGUGUGACAUAUGACGUGUUAAGUGCCACCCUUAGCACAGACUGGACGUGUUGCACUGCAGCUCGUCAACAGACAACCAUGCAAAGUUAUUACACUUGUACUGAAAGAUCUGUACUUCCUCCACCUUUGCAUCAGCUUUAACUCAUGUGUGGAGAGCCCCUAAUUAAACUUGAUUUCUCACCUGAAGAGCCGAUCUUGUUUAACUCGGAAUAUUUCCUGACCUCAACGAGGUGACCUCAGCCACAGAGCUCUCUUUAUACAUCAGUGGUGAGGGGAGGAGUCGAGCUGCUAUAGGACCAGAGAAAAAGAGCGGCUACAGAAGUUGGUCCGUACAAGCAGAGAGCGAGUGGGGGGAAAAAUGCAUUUAAUUCCAGGGGCGACAAGGCUGGAAAUAUGACAGUGGCGUCAAGUGCUGCGUCCAGAAGUGCCGACGUGCAUCCAGCCACCAGUGGGGGUCAUACAUUUAACAUAACAGGGGCGUAUUUUUUGACGUGCACCAUUCCCUACCAGUUUUUUUUUUUUUUUUGGCCUAAACUUGUAUAGAUAACUUCUGGUGAAAUCCUCCUGAACCUUUGGAUCUUAAGUUAUCAGAGGAAGAAGGUGUUUUACUCAUAGAGGAGAGGAAGAGACCUCUGUGGAUAAUUUGGCUCCUGGUAGAAAACUCCUGAACAAUAAACACUGAAGGAAUUCUAACCAGGAGAAGUUUAAGCUGGUUGCAGUCUGCAAUCCUCACCACUAGAUGCCACUAAAUUCCCCUAAAUCUUACACACUAGACCUUUAAGUGUGAUAAUUGGGUUAUUCUAAAAAGGUACAGGGAGUCAGAUUGCUCAGUCAGGUACAGACCAUCAACAGCACAGAAAACAACUGUGUCUGUGAUGGAUUCAGAAUUCCUUUUGAUUUCUCUCUCCCUUUCUUUUUUUUAAAGCAGUGUCAUUUAUUGGUUGUUUUAUGUAAUCUUUGUAACUACUCAUGACUUGCAUGAUUUAGAUAGAGCAUUGCAGUCGGUGCAGCUCAGUGUAUUGUGCUGUUUCAGUCAGAAAAGGUCAGAAAGGGAGUUUAUUUUUAACCAAAGCAAUAUCUUCACACUACAUGACUUUUUUUAUGAUUUAUUUGCUUUAAGGACAAGUGUUGAUUUUGUAAAACUGUUUUUAAAAUGUGCAAGUACUUCUAUCAAAGAUGUAACCAAAUGACAAUAAAGGGGAUUUGCAAAUGGAUUGGGAUACAAAAGCUCAGAGCACUCCAAGCCAUUACAUGGUCUAACAGUGCCUCCAUGUGGCGUACAGUACAUACACUAAGUCUUUAUUAAAAGCAAUACCAAUAAUAAGUUAUUUCUACCAUUUUUCAGAUAUAAAAAAAACAAUUAAUACAUUUUAUUGGUAUAUUUUUGUUGUUUUCAUUUUCUGUUUUUUGGUUAACAAUGUACUCACAUUACAUAUUAAUUUGAUGUCAUUUUUAAAAUAUAUUUCUAUGCUUGUGCAUGGCAGACUGACAUACCACAUGAAAAUACUGACAAUCACCAAUAAAAAAAAAUUCCUCUGGAA